UUCAUUUAGUUCUUUCUACUUCCUAGGUCUGAAUAAUAAUAAGAAGAAAGAUGGCGUCAGGCUGCCUGAAAGUCACAAAAUAUUUUCUUUUCCUCUUCAACCUUCUUUUCUUUAUCCUGGGUGCUGUCAUCCUAGGUUUUGGAAUAUGGAUUUUGGUGGACACAACAAGCUUCAUUUCAGUUCUACAGACCUCAUCAUCAACUUCAAAAGUUGGAGCAUACAUUCUUACUGCAGUAGGAGCUCUCACCAUGUUAAUGGGGUUCCUGGGCUGUGUUGGAGCGGUCAAUGAGAUUCGCUGCCUCUUGGGACUGUAUUUUACUUGCCUAUUGCUGAUUCUCAUAGCCCAAAUAGCUGCCGGCCUGCUGAUCUAUUUCCAGAGGAAUGCACUUGAAGCGGAAAUGUCUGGGAUCGUUAGUGAACUUGUCCAGAAUUACAAUCCUUCUGACGACAAUAAUAAGACCCUUGAAAAUGCUUGGGACUAUGUCCAGUUACAACUACAAUGCUGUGGUUGGACUGGGCCAGAAACUUGGAAAAACAACACAGCUCUUCAGGGAAAAAACCAGACAUUCUAUCCUUGCUCUUGCUCCAAUGACUCCUCUAACUCGCAGUCGGAAGUGGGUUUCUGCCUCCUGGAUAUUAUUUCCAACUCUACAACAACGGAUGACUGGCCAGUUAAAAAGCAGGGAUGUAUGAAAGGUGUGCAGAAUUGGUUACAAGACAACCUUGGCAUCAUCCUUGGGGUAUGCACGGGGGUUGCAGUCAUUGAGUUGCUGGGAAUGGUGCUGUCUAUCUGCCUCUGCAAGAACAUUCACACUGAAGAUUACACCAAAGUGCCCAAGUACUGAGAGACUGCUGGUCUUGAGAGCUGCCCCAGAACACAUGGAAUGCCCCUUUCUUAAACCCAGGCUAUCUUCAUCCCUCUGGUGACAACUCUGCAGUGUUGCUGCAGUUCAAUUAGGUUGCGUGGUAUUGAUGAAUUAUCUGAGGGACUUGGGCAGCCUCCUUUUAUCUCUUGACUGUUCUUUUAUGAAACAGGCCAUUUAAAUCUUCUCCUUGUGAGAUACCCUGCACCUUUAUUGCCAGCACCUCUCCCUCCCUUCCUUUUAUCCACAUUUGUUGAUUGUGACUAAGCUUAGAGUAUCCCCAUAUUCCCAUUGUUGCAGCUGUUUGCUAUAUGUACAUAAUCCUUAUACUGUUCAUUGAGGAAGAUCUGGAGGGAGGGGGCUUUAGCUUUUGUGGUUUAUUUUUUUUAAUCACAUGCUUUUAGAAAUACACGCUGUAGAGCGGAACGUCUCUCCUCUAAAUAAUCGGAUGCCUGUAUCUUUUUUAAGCUUCAGUUCCUCUGAUCUAUUCAAUUGAUACCAGCCAGAUCAAGAAUUGGACUGUAAGCUUAAAAUACCACCGUUUACCUUUUGGACAGGGAUGUAUGAUACGGAAAAUGUGAUAUCAUUUUUCUCCUUUCUACCAUACUCCUCCCUUUGGGAAUCCAUUACAUUGGAGACAUUUUAGUGAUCGCUUCUCCAAGGAUGAGUCUGUCCUGGCUCUCUGACAUCGACUCCUGGUUUGCCAACUUUAUUUGAAGUGGUGAUGGAGACUCUAUACAUAUUUCCAGUCACAUUAGUAUGAAUCUUCUGUAAUUCUGUCUUCUCUUUGUUAAAUGGUAAACAGAAUUGAUUAUUGUUCAUGCCAAUGGUGGCAGGGAACACUUUUUCUGGCCUUUAGUUUAUAUGUACCAAGGAAAGUACAUAGCUCUUCUUGCCUCCUUGGUUGGGGAUCAUGUGACCUUGGAGUCACUGUAGUUGCCACCAGAACCCAUGUUGCAGGAGUCACUGUGAAGAACUUACUGUUGAUAUUUGUACUGGGAGAUGCUUCUCUAUUCAAAAGCCAUGUGAACAUCUAUAUUCUAAGGCAGAGGCCUCCAAACUUGGCAACUUUAAGACUUAUGGACUUCAACUGCCAGAAUUCUGGGAGUUGAAGUCCACAAGUCUUAAAGUUGCCAAGUUUGGGACCCUGUUCUAAGGUGAUGCAAGGAAACAGCCCAGUUUCACAAGGGAAAUCUCUCCUUCCAUAUUAAGGAAAGGCUGCUAGUACAUAAAACUGUGAAAAUGAAAGUCAAGAUUGUGGUCACAGUAUGAUUAGCAUUCUCUCCUGAUACCAUGGCUCUGGUUUUGCAUGGAGAGCUUCCAUUUGAGGUGUGCCAAAAAAGGCAACCAGGAAAACUUAACAUGUCCAGAACUACAAGUCCCUUACAUUAACAAUUAUUAAUGUAUAGAUGAAAGCAUGAAUGCUACGUUCCAUCAUCUCACAGCACAGAAGAUACUUUUUGCAAAUAGGAAACUUUAUCUUUGUCUACUGAGGGAGAAUGAAAUGGGUUUGACAUAAUUUAGAGACCAAAUCUAGUUAAGAGUACCUGCAUUCCCAUGCUUUCCUACCUUUCAAAUAUUAUAAUUUCUUAUAUAACUAUAACAAGGAGUGAUUUUGCUAGAUUUUGCGCAGUAAGACUGUUGGAUGAUUCAAGAGUCCCAUCAUUUGAAUCAUUUCACAUUAACAGUGUAGCAAACAUUGGUCAUUUUAUUUGAAAUAAUGGUCCAGGUUGACCCUUGUCCUACUGCCAUCAUCCAUCAGUCACUGUUUCAUUUUUGAAUGAAAGGCUGUAUAGGCAUCACUUCAUGCUUCAUUUGAUAAACUUCACUGAUAAAGUGUUUUUGUGAUGGUUCUUGUUCUCUUGGAUUCAGCUCUGAACAGAAGAAUGCUGGAGUCAUUUUGGAUUUUUUUUUUUUUUUUAGAAACCACUUCCAAAUGAAACAAAUGCAUGUACAGAUUUAACAAAUAACGGGUGGGUAUUUCAGUAAUAAAACAUUUGC